ACAAAACUAAUCGCCAGAAGUCUUGCGUUGUUUUACCGCAAAGAUAUUUGGCGUUAAUGUCUUUGUCGAUGGGUUUUAUACUGAUAUGGAUAUCAAUGAUGGCAUCGGUUCUCGUGUCCAACACUUUUAAAGACAAUGUGUCGGCGAAACAAACGCUUCAUGUCUUUCAAACUCACAAACAAAUGGCACGAAUUGUCUUCUCUAUUGGACACGAAAUGGUCUCGACAGUUGAUUGGUUGGUAUCCAUUGAAUCCAAACCCAGAUCUCGUUCGUUGACAAUAGAGGAAGCGAUAGGAAUCACUUGGAAAAUGACUGAUUCAGUCAUCUCUGAUGUCAGACGUGUUUGCAAUGACGAAGAACUUCCCAAACUCUUGACUCUCAUUGAAUUCAAAUUAUCCAAAAUCAGAUCCAACGAAGUCUUCGUCGGACAAAAUCCACUCAAAAUAAUCAAAUCUUAUGACACUUUGUUUGAAGCGAUUGAAAGAAAAAGCUUUUCAUUAGAUUUCGCUUCCAAUCCAUCGACAGUCAGACCAGACAUUCAGACUUCUAUCACAUAUCCAUUAUUUAUCAAAGGAAUGGCGAAACGAUUCUCUGAACUAUCACUCGGAACAGUAUUCGUUAGAUCCGACAUCACUAUCAAUAAAUCGGAUUAUUAUUACUACCACUUUAUUAGUAAACAUCUAAUUGAUAGUGCAUUUCAAUUGAACCCAAGAGUACAAAACCGAUACUUUGAGCUUCAAGACAGUGACGGCACGUCCGAAGUGUUGGUCACUCUAAUGGAUGAUAAUCUCAACCGACGGGACAAUCAUUUGGCGAACCUUUACUUGAAUUCAGUGAAGAACGAGAUCGCGAUACUUCUUCGCGCGCGAGACUUUCUCAACACAUCUGUGUCCGCACAAGUGACCCAAUCGGUGACACUUAAUGAUAGAGUGUUGGCCUUUCACAUGACCAUCGCUGUGAUCGCCGUCUUCGCCGUCAUUCUAAGCCUCACUCUCUUGUGUUCGGCGUUUGGAUACAAACAAAACAAAAAUGUCUUAAAAACUGACACCAAUGGCGAACGCAAUGAUAACACCGUCUAUAGCAUUGAAUUUGAUGAUAAGGUUCAGAUCUUUGGAACCAAUUCAUCCAAAUAA